CCCGUUUGCGGGGCUUCUAUCUCGGUGCAUCUUGAGAGAAGAGACAGAGAGGAGGGGGUGGACGAGCCAAAAAGAGGGCGGAAUGCCCCUUUACAAGCGUCGCAUCUAACUAAAACAGCGGAGCGGCUCGUAAAUCGGAAAUUGGGCAGAGAAGGAGACGCCAAGGGGAUGUUGGAGAGCUUCAAACAGCGUCUCUUCAGAGCUGACAACGAAUUCCAAUCCUGAUGAGUUGGAUGGACCGCAGAUGUGUUCCACUGUUUCCUGUUGGACCUAGAUGACCGAAAGCUCAAUUCCACUCGCAGUGAAGGAAAAAAAAAAAAAAAAACGUGUCUGCAGGCAGCUGUUAGUGGUCUUGGAAACAUUAAGAAAAUAACAAGCUAAAGGUUAUGCAUGCACUGCAGGCAUAACUGUGCAUUUCUCAGCCAAAUCUGUUUGCAGAGACAAUUUCACAUGUAGUGUGGCUCCGCUCAAGCUUCCAAAUUCAACAUGGACCACAACCUUGGCAGUCAAGGUUACUAAAGGGAAAGUGAGAGGGGUGGGUGUCGCUCAGGCAUACAUGGGCGUAUCAGUCUGGUCCUUGUGAUCCAGACCAAGACACCCUGAAGAGCCUCUCAUUUUCCUCCGUUAUCACCACUGCCCCCCCCCAGCUUCCUCAUCCUCCUCUUCCUCAGCUCACACCUUGAAAAAGGUGGACGGGCCAACACUCUACAUACCUGAGCGCCGUCCGAUCGGUGAGGGCUGAGCUGUCAUCGGCUGACUUCUGGUGAGAGUGCGAUGCGGAUUGGAGGAUGUCGGGGGACUGGGAUGAAGACCUGUGUAAGAAGGCGCUGGUGUUGGUGGAGGAGCUUUGCUUCAACUCCCAGAGAGGCUACAGCCAGAGUGAGCGCUGUGAGGAGUUCAGCUACCUGCUGAGAGGUCGCAACAGACAGCUGGACACAGAGAUCUCUGUGAGUCUGCUGUCGGUCAUCGUGACAUUCUGCGGCAUUGUCCUGCUCUCUGUCUCCCUCUUCGUCUCCUGGAAGCUCUGCUGGCUGCCAUGGCGGGACAAGGAGGGCGGAGGUCUGAGCCUUACGUCAGGGCUGCUGCCUGGAAGCGCCGGUGUCGGAGGCCUCGGAGGCGCCGGCGGAUCUUCGCUUCUGCCCCCGCUGCUGCAGAGGAAGGAUGGCCACUCUUCGUCCUCGCUCUACCCUACGUUGGGCCAGCAGGGCCAGCAUCACCCACAUUUCUCUGACCUAGUUGGGUUGGAGAGGGGGGAAGGGGGUGUGGUUGGGGGGCCACAUGAGACCCAGGAGCACUCAUACCUGGAUAUGGACUCGUACCCCAACAAUGCAGGAACUCUGAAGCUGAGUACGACGUCUCCAGAUGUUCCCAACUCAGAGGGGGGAGCCCAUCCUCAUAAAGACCUGCCCAACGCUCACUCUCAGCAGCAGGUCACCGCACGGCCCAAGCCCAUGACUCACCAGCUUUCCAGUCCUGAUUUCCACGAGGAGAAGGAGCAGGUUACCAGCAUUGGGCAGAUCAAACCGGAGCUCUACAGGCCCAAAGGCGACCAGGGUGAAGGCAAACAGGGCGACAACUGCGGCAAGAUCAGCUUCCUCCUGCGCUACGCCUUCAAUACGGAGCAGCUCGUGGUGAAGAUCUUAAAAGCUCUGGACCUGCCAGCCAAGGAUGCCAACGGCUUCUCCGACCCCUACGUGAAGAUCUACCUACUGCCAGACAGGAAGAAGAAAUUCCAGACCAAGGUUCACAGAAAGACCUUAAAUCCCGUGUUCAACGAGACCUUUCAGUUCGGCGUGCCGCUGAAUGAGCUACAUUCCAGGAAGCUGCAUUUCUCCGUGUAUGACUUCGACCGCUUCUCCAGACACGACCUGAUUGGCCAGGUCGUGGUGGACAACCUGCUGGACUUCAGUGAGGGCAGCGGGGACAAACCCGUGUGGAGGGACAUCGUGGAGGGUACAGCGGAGAAGGCUGAUCUCGGGGAGCUUAAUUUCUCGCUGUGCUACCUGCCCACUGCAGGCAGGCUCACCGCUACAGUCAUCAAGGCCACCAACCUCAAAGCCAUGGACCUCACCGGCUUCUCAGACCCGUACGUGAAGGCCUCUCUGAUCUGUGACGGGAGGAGGCUAAAAAAGAGGAAGACAUCCAUUAAGAAGAACACACUGAACCCCACGUACAACGAGGCUCUGGUGUUUGACAUUCCCAAUGAAAAUAUUGAAAACGUCUCUAUCAUCAUCGCAGUGAUGGACUAUGACUGUAUCGGUCAUAACGAGGUUAUAGGGAUGUGUCAUGUGGGCAGCGAGGCUGACGGUCCAGGGAGGGAGCACUGGGCAGCCAUGCUGGCCAAUCCACGCAAACCAAUAGAGCACUGGCAUCAGCUCGUGGAGGAGAAAGCAAUUGGUACAUUUGUGUCGAAGACUCCAAUAGCAUCCUCCCCCAAACCCCACAUCGUGGUGGACAGUCCUCACUCCGAUUAAAACUGUCAUUAUCAUCUCUCCAGCUCCAGACUUUCCCUCCCUUCCUCUCAUCUGUGAAUAAUUCUCUCCAUCAGAAAGACAGAGAGACAUGGAGACACUUCGAGUGUCCAACUGCUAGUGCUGUUUUGCUCCUGCUGAUGAGUCCUCUGAGUUCUGUGCUGUCUUUACCGAGCCAGAGGAAAAAAAAAAAGAAAAAAAAACAUCCAUCAUGAGCUACACUUUGAGCAUCCAAAUACACAUUGACAAGCACUCCAAAAGGGACUGAAAUCAGGUGUAAAUUUAGGAUCUAACAAGGGAAACAUACAUGCAUACAUACACAUUGACACACAGGAAUACACACAGAGUUUGUAGUAUGUGCGUAGUUCAUGUGUGCUUCAGAGUAGUGUAGUAUUUCAUCUAGGAGGAGUGUGAUGUGACAAACUGUUCUCUCUCUGGAAAACAAAAAAAAAAAAAAAAUAAAAAAGAAAGCCAUCCUAGAAUGGUCAUUCCAACCAGGACCAAAGGUUCACGCCCUUGUACAGACUUUAAAAGAAGAAAAUCACUAUGUCGAUAUUUUUCUUUGCAACAUUGGUGUACAGUAUGUGCUGUACUGUAUGGGAAGACAUCUCAUGUAGUACUUAGCAGGACAAAACAUCCGAGGUGGAUUCUUUUUUGGCCAUUUUGGAUGCCUCCUGCAGGCUCCGUACCCUCUUAUUUGAGACGGAACUCGCUUAUUUUUUCCCCAGAGGAAAGAGCGUCUUUAUUGAUGUCAGUAGAGCUGAAAAUGAGGACGGACUCAUUGGUUUAAGCAUGUUACGCAUCCUUGAAAUGUGUCCCUCUUGCUCAUGCUUUUUGUCACUGUCCUCAUGGUGCUCAUCAGUAUCAAACUUUUAUUUUUGGUUCUUUUUCUGUGUACUACUGUAUACAUUUAAUCAUCAGGAAAGGAGUUGCCAAUUUGGACUGUCCACAUGAGCAUCUGAGAGGGAUGGACUACAGACGGGACUACAUAGGCUGAUGAAUCCUGCUUUAAGGAUCAGACCAGCAUUUGUUUGGAUUGCACUCACUGGAGGAUGACUUCCACAGGGAAAGGAAACCACCACUGUAUUUUAUUUUUAUAUCAUUAAAUACUUUUUCUUUUCUCAAGAAGUCACCGUCCAGCUUCAACUGAGAAAAAUUCCACAUCAUGUCUCUGACAAGACUCAAGAAGGACACACGUCUGUGUUGCUUUUAUCAGUGCGUGUUAUUUCCGUGUUUGUGGGCGUGUUUGUUUUGUAUUUGUGCGCGUCUGUGUGUAUGCCUGUGCGUGUGUCACUGUGACCUUCUGUGUGACACGUCCCCGCCUUCCCUCUCGUUCUUUUUUUUUUUCUGUCUUUGCUUUCCUCACUUCCCCUGAAUCCAAACCCUGGCAUCCACUGACUGAAAUGCUUGUCUCAGAGCCAAACGUGUCUUCUGUCCCAUGUAUUUACAAGGAGCCAUUUUGUGUGCGUGUGAUAUGUGUGGGAAAGCGCGUGUGGACUAUACGUGCCUCAUUGCACUAGGUGGGGAAACACUGUCUUUCAUAGGCAUUAGUUUGUACUGUCUAUGUCGUCUCUGAAAUCAGCUGCCAAUCAUCCAGCCCUCCUCCUCUUCUCUAACCCUUUGCCUGAUGUAAGUAACUGUGUUGAUCGUGUACCUCUUUCAGUAAUUUGUGCACUGUAUGUCCGAGGGAAAAAAAAAACAGAUGGCACAGUGACUGAAAACUAAACUGUUGGGUGUGUUUUAAAUUCAAUUUAUGAGAAGGAACACAAAAACAAACAGAAAAAAAAGAUGAAGAAAAAAAACAUUCGAGGCUCAUUUCUUAUCAGUACAAAUUUAGAUCCCCCUCAGAGAAAGACAGCAGGGAGGAGGUGUUGCGAGAAAAACAAGCGCCUGGAAUUUUCUGCACUUCCUCUGUAAGCCGAUACAGACUUAUAAAGCCAUGUCUGUCACCGCUACUACAACUACUACGACUGUAACCUCAGCAAAAACAACAGUACAACACCUCACUACAUUAACUCGUAUUGCUAUCGUUGCCAUUUCUCUCUCUUCCUUACACACACAUGCUUUUAAGAAGGUGUAUGUGUUUCAGGGGAGGGCUCUAGUUUCUACCUUUUUACCUUUGGAUCAUGGAAGAGCAUUGAGACUUUUAAGUGGGCUUGAUAGGCAGGUUGCACUUCCUGCACAGUACCUUCUGUGAAUUUUUUUUUUUUACACUAUUCACAGGGUGGUCAUUUUCCUCUGAUGUCAUGCUCAAAGUGGGCAGCUCACAUACUAUUAAAGUCUUACACUGGGUUCCAGGUUGUUAAGUCACACAAAUGUGCAGUGACUCACUAUUAUCAUUAUUCCAUUACUUUUUUUAUUAAUAAAAAUAACUAUAUGAUAAGAGGUUAAAAUUAGGGGAUGUGGCUAAGCUGCGGUUUCUAGUACACUAACUCUCAAGAUAACAUUAACAAGAAAUGGCCUCUAAAUUUCUAUUUAACAGUAGAUUGUUGGCAAGCUCCUAUCUAAUACACCAUAACCCAUUGCUAAUACUUGUGGGUAAGUCCUAUUUAACAUUAUGUUACCCAUAGCUAAUACUUAUGGGAAAAUUCCCAGCUAACAUUAUGUUACCAAUAGCUUUUACCUGUGGGUAAACUCUUGCUAACAAAUAUCAACCAUAGAUAAACUUGUGGUUAAGUCCCUAGCUAUAAUUAUGUCGUGCUUAAGUGAUUCUUGUGGGCAAAUUCCCAGCUAAAAUCCAUUACCUGUAGGUAGUGCUUCUGGGUAAGUUCCCAGCUAACAUUAUGUUAUGUAUAGCUAAUAAUUGUGGGUAAGUUCCUAGCUAAUAUCAUAUUACUCAAAGGUAAUACUUUUGGUCAAGUUCCAGGCUCACAUUAUAUUACCCAUUGCUAAAAUUUGUGGGUAAGUUCUUGCUAACACUACGAAACCCAUAAGUAAUGCUUGUUGGCAAGUUCCCAGCUAUCAUUAUGAUACCAAUAGCUAUUGCUUGGGGGAAAUAUUUUGCUAAUAUACAUUACCCAUACAUAAUACUUGCGUGUAUGUCCCUUGUUAACAUUAUGUUACCCAUAGGUAGUACUUGUGGGCAAGUUACCAGCUGGCAUGUCACCCAAAGCUAAUACACAUAGACAAGUUCUCAGCUAACAUUUUUACCCAUAGGUAAUAAUUGUGAGGUAACUAUUAUUAUAUUAUGAAUAGCUAAUACAUGUCGGCAAAUUCCCAGCUAACAUUUUACCCAGCUUAUAGCUUAUAGUUACCCAUAGCUUAUAUUUGUGGAUAAGUUCCUGGCUAGCGUUAUGCUACCAUAGGUAAUACUUGUAGGUAAGUUCCCAGCUAAUAUUGCUACUCAUAGUAAAUUCUUGUGGACGUGUUCCCAGCUAACAUUAUGUUACCCAUUGAUAAUACUUGUUGAUUACUUAACAGUUUUAUGUUGCCCAAAGGUAACAGCUGUGGUAUGUUCCUAGCUUAUAUUAUGCUAACCUUAGGUAGUACUUGUGGGUAAGUCCAUCUCCAACAUUAUGUUACCAGUAACUAAUACAUAUGGGUAAGUUCUUGCUGACACUAUGCAACGUAUAGUUAAUACUUAUAGGCUAAAUAAUGCUGCCAAGAGCUAAUACUUGUGGGCAAGUUCCCAGCUAACAUUAUGUUAGCCAUAGGUAAUACCUGUGGGUAAGUUCCUAGCUAAUAUUGUUACCCAUAGCAAAUGCUUGUUGGUAAGUCCCCAGCAAACAUUAUGUUACCCAUUGAUAAUACUUUUGGUUAAGUAACCAGCUUUAUGUUGCCCAUAGGUAACAGUUGGGGUAUGUUCCUAGCUAAUAUUAUGUCACCCUAAAGUAAUGCUUGUGGGUUAGUCCAUCUCCAACAUUACAUUACCAAUAACUAAUACUUGUGACCUCGUUACUUACACUUGACCACACAUUGCCAGUACUUGUGGGUAAGUUCCCACUAACAUUACUUUACCCAUAGGUAUUACUAUUAGGUUACUUUUGGUUGAAAUGAUGUCAAUAUAACAUUAGGUAAAGCUAGUACAUAACUUUUUAGCUAACAUUAGUAAUCACUGAAGUAGGCAACAUUACAACAGCUAGUAAGUAAGUUCCAAGCUAGAAUGAUAAAGCUUCCAAAUAUCACUACAUAGCUUAUUUCCUGACCCAUAUUAGUAAUGCUUUGCACUGGUUGACACUAUCUACUAGGUGACUUGUAGCAGCUGCCAUUAAGCCUUUCCUUUCUAAUAUUAUCUGUAGGUAAUGCUAACUCCAGCUAUUAUAAAAUGUGUUGUUUUUACAUGAUAUAUGGCCCAAUUCCCUCCACUUUCUUAAAUGUUCCUUGUCUUCUUAAAUGCUAAUCAAUCAAAAAUGUUACAUGGUCAUUUCCAUUAUUCUUUGAACUCAUUACCUAGAACAAGGACACUACAAAAGCAUUUUCCUCACAUUGAACAUGCUGUCAGAGAAAAAUGGUGGCAAUGUGAAUUUGCUCGAUUUAACAAACUUUGUUGGUAGAUAUGGUAUUGAUCCAUUGGUCUUGAGGCCUUGUUACUGUCUCUCUCUGCUUGUGUCUGCCUUAUUUAGCGCUUGUGUUACAGCCUGGUGAUGGAUUACAAAACUCAGUCAAACCAGUACAUUCCCUCAUUCCCCUUCCCUUCUCUCUUUCUGUUUCUGUCUGUCUGAUUACUGUCUGAUUACUCAUUCUCUCCUCCAGCAACUCUUACCUUUCCUCCCCCACCUCCUCCGUCUCCCCCUCACCUAUCCACUCGUCGCUCUAUUUUCCUCUCCAGCAAUCCCUCCAUCUUGUCCUCUUUCUUUUUCUGUGUACGACGACCCCCUUUCCUCCCCUCUCUAUUCUCUCGCUGUCUUCUCGUGUUAGUGCAGUUCUGAAUGGUCAUGGGGAAACAUGUUUGCAUGCUUAUAUUUACAUGAAUGAUGUCAACUUGAUGCAAUGAAAAAUUAUAUAAGUGAUGCUUUAAGCAAAAAUCUGACAAUGAACUUGAUACUAAUACUACUAAUGACGACUAAAUGGAGACCUAGCAAUUGUUUAUCUCUGUGGUCAAAAACAACGAUGAUGAAAUAACAUUGUUUAUGCUGUAUUUAUCUUUCUCAAAUUGGUAUUCUUUUCAAUUGUUUUUUUAUAUAUAAUUUAUUCAAGAGGUUUACUUUUUUAUUGGUUAAAGCUGAGAAACUGAGUGAGGGGUUCAGUCAGGACAGCAGGAUAUCGGUGAAUGUGUAAGUAACAGUGUGGCUGAAGCAAAUGAUAAAGA